AUGGGAAGUACGGCGAGGACCUCAGCUCGAAAGGGAACCUUACGGGCGUCAGAAGCAAUUGCCCAUCCGAGCUCAAGGUCUACCGUGGCCGAUGAGACCAUGAACGUCGUUAAGGCUCGAGGCCAAUGUGGUACCCCGGCCGGAACGCAGAGUAUUACUAAUCGUAGUGAUGUAUCCCGGCUCAGCGAGAGUUUGGGGUCUCUGAACCAGGGAACUGGUGAUGGUCUCCACGGGGCAUCUAGCGAAACCAUCGGUUGCGAGAUUGAACCCCUCGGCGAAGGCGUCAAGGACCUUAUGACAACAAUGAGUGAGCUAGAGAAGCUUGGAUUGUCAAGCCUCGAUAUUCCGCUGGCAAAGUGCAUCAUUUGUGGUGAUCAGUCCGCCGGAAAAUCAUCAGUCAUUGAAGCCAUAUCUGGUAUAAAGGUUCCGCGUGCCGGAGGAACAUGCACCCGCUGCCCAAUGUUCAUCCAGCUGCAAAGCUCUGCGGGUGCCGAGGCCCAAUGGGAAGCUAAAGUAUACAUUAGGAAGGCCUACACUUACUUGAUCCCAAAAAUUAUCAACCCUAGACUACGAGAACAAGCACGGCAGGAGAGGUAUUACCCUUGGCAGCAGAAAUUUUCCCCGGAUGAAGUGCUCUUUGCCCAAACCACGAACUCGGACAAUCUCGAGGUGCUCAUCUACCGUGCCCAACUUGCGAUUCUCAACCCGACGGCAGAUCUCACGCGAUUUGUUCCCGGAACUGCGAGAGAGAUCCUCAGUGAUGACAGGGAGACUGAGUUCUCACCUAACGUCGUUUGUGUCUAUAUCUCGGCCCCCAAAGCACCGAAUCUCUCGUUCUAUGAUCUACCAGGGAUCAUCAUUGGACGGGGUGAUCCUGGCAAAGAGGGCCUGAAAAACUUCGUCAGGAAUCUGGUUGCUGAGUAUAUUGCGGAUCCGAAUGCCCUGAUUUUGUUGACGUCUUCGCUCGAGGUUGAUUGGGAGGUGUCAUCUUACGCGGCAUCCCUUGUAACAAAGACAGGAGCGACACAGCGAUGUGUCGGGGUCUUGACGAAGCCGGACCGCAUUGAUAAUGAUUCAAGGCAUAAAGAUGUUAAGAAGGCUCUGGAUGGUGAAGCCGAUGUCCUCGGACACGGAUACUACGUAGUGAAACAACCCAGCCAGGAGGCGCUUGAGAAAAAGAUCACCCAUUCAGAGGCGAGGAGAGAAGAGGAGAUGUUCUUCGAUCAGACUGAUCCAUGGGCUACCAAUUUGCACACCCACCGUGAGCGCUUCGGAACGCUCAAUCUUCAGACUGCCCUCUCUAAGAAGCUUGCUGCCCUCAGUCUCCAGGCGUUGCCUAAGAGCCGAGCAGUCAUUUCAGAGCAGCUCGAAACAGUUGAGCAGGGGCUGGCUCGGAUUCCAAAGCCACAGACACGGGAUGUUGUUGGCCUCGUUCAUGAAGCUCUUCGAAGCUUUACUGAAAAUAUCCGGAAGGAGAUGCUCCGGGACUAUGCUCGCAACGCUUGGAGGCUUACUUGGGAUCAGCUUCGCAAAGACUUUGCUAAGAAAUUGAAUGACCUCCGGCCGAGAAUGGUGUUGUCUGCUGCGCUUGACUCUGAGGUCUUGAAGCCUAAGCGACCAGAGUGCAUCGACUUGUGUGAGUCUGAUGAUGACGACACGACAAGCCGUGCGCUGGCUCUGCCCGUCACACCCCAGAAGCGAAAACUUGACCAUGCCUCCACUCCAUCGCGAGGCAUACCUUCGAAGCCCCAGGCCAACGGAUCGAACCCCAGCCCUGGAUCAGCCAAUGGCGCCGCACCAGCAGUGGAGAAGCAGAAACAUGCUAUGAAAAAAUUUGCGAUUCGUUACAACCUCAAUGAGACUCGCGACAGAUUGUACGAAAUGUCCUCUGCGAAAUUACAUCGUCAGGUCAACCCAAAGGCUGUCGAAUUCCUCAUGCUGCAAUCCCUACACAACUGGGAGGUAAUCUUGCAGUCUUUCCUGAAGAGCCUACAUGAGCGUCUGUCAAAACGCAUUCAGUCAAUCCUGGAUGAGUCAUUGACACCUUGGAAUAGUACUGAACUGUUCAAGGGAUCAGCCGAGGUCGUGAAGAAGUUCUUGGCUACUCAUUUCGACUUGUUGCGAACUUCCAUAGCACAAGAGAUACUGGUGGCUGAGAAAGAGGGCCCAUAUCUUUUCGACCAGAGAUAUUUCGACUUCCACAUGUCCCGGUAUCUUGAAGAGUACAAGAAUGCUCGGAUCCGGGCUCGCCAAGACAAGUACUUUGAACUUCUUGAAGCGCAGACCGGAAAAGAACUGAGCAAGACAGAUCAAGAGAACCAAGGCAAGAAAGAACCGCUGAGGGCUUUGCUGGCUCAAGAUCCAUACUCUCAAGAGGUAGAGGUUCUGGCGCAAGUUCGAGCUUACUAUGAGCUUGCAUCUAUCCGAUUCCAUGAGUCUAUCUGUAUGCGCGUUGAGGCCCAGCUCUUUAGAAGGCUGAGUAAGGACUUGUUUGAGCACCUUAAAAAUGAUCUUGACAUCACGGGUGAGGAUGUUCACGAGCGAUGCGUCCAGCUUCUCGCGGACGACCCCAAGCGAGAAGCUCGUCGUCAGGAGUUGGAGCAAAACAAGGCUACCCUGCUCGCCGGCCGCCAGUGCUUGAACCUUCUCUACGAGAAGUAUGCCGAUGCUUCUCCGUUGAAUCUCAGCAACGGAAUCAAUAUGAAUGGGGACGGUGUCGGCGCUAAUGGGGACAGUGUCGGCGCUAAUGGGGACGUUGAUUAUGACAUGCUCUAUGAGUGAUGUUUCUAUCUUUCACGCACGUCGGCGGAAUUGGAACUAUGAUU